AUGCCUUCCAUACGCUCCCUUUUCCGCCUCAAGCCAUCCCCCUCAGAGCAGCUAGCAGAGAUCGACGGCGGCCAUCUCGUCAAUGAGCCCUCUGUCUUCCUCCACAUCGAGCGAGGACUGCGUCAAAACCCGCACGGCCUCGCAGUAAUAAGCUCCCACCAACCACCAGACCACCUCGCUUCCCUGGUCGAUAAACAAAGUCAAAGCCAAAAUGAGACCUGUCUGGCUUGGACAUACACUCAGCUUCAUCGCGCGGCGCUGCGCGUUGCAAGGGGGAUGCUAGACAGCGGUGUCCGGCCGAAUACAGCGAUGCUUAUGUUCAUCCCUAAUGGCAUUGAGUAUACUAUUCUGCUAUGGACAGCGGCUAUUCUCCGAUUGACGAUUGUGUCUGUGGACUUGGGCCUGCUCGCUAUCUCGAAACAUGACGAGUUGCGGGAUGUCAUCCGACUCGUGAAACCGUCUAUUAUCGUGGUGCAGGGUGCAGGGGCAGAGGCAGAUACAUUGGAUAUCGCGCGACGAAACAUUCCUCUAUCUUCGAGAAGCGACAACACCAACCAGGAUGGUAACAUCCUCGGUAUAACACUCACAGAACCAUCGACUUCAUACCCAUCAACGCCCUCAAUCUGGAAAUCCCUCCUAGCCCUGGCAGCUUCACCCGCCCUCGACCCCUCCCAGACGGCAUCAGUCUUAUCCUCUGCACGAUCCGACGACCCAACCCGCACACAUUCAAUCCUAUUCACAUCCGGAACCUCGGGAAAGCCAAAAGGGUGUCCACUGCUUGUCUCAGGAAUAACUCAUGUACUGCAGUCCCAGUCCUGGCUCCUAACCCCAGCAAACAGCAGACGCGCGCUGCAGCAGGCCCAUAAUGCGCGGGGAAUCGCACCGGCACAGAUGCUGCAGACGUGGCGCGAGGGCGGGACGGUCGUUAUGACUGGGGAUGGGUUUAAUGUGGGUGAUUUGUUAGAUGCGGUUGAGAGGUACCGGGUGACGUUUAUUGUUUUGACGCCGGCGAUGGUACAUUCUGUGUCUGUGGAGUUGGAAAAGCGGCUUUAUCCUCAUUCUUACAGUGUGAAGGGAAGGGCGAUGGUUGACUGUGUGCGAACGGUGCAGCUUGGUGGGGAUGCGGUGACGAGGGAUGUGUUGAAGAAGUGUGGCCGGUUGUUUCCUAAGGCGAGGAUUGUGAUUAACCACGGGAUGACGGAGGUGGGAGGGGGAGGGGCGUUUGUUUGGCCGUUUACAUCGACGAAGAAGAUUCCGUUCUAUGGCGAGAUGAGUCCGGUUGGGGCUGUUGCGGCGGGGGCAGUGGUGAGGAUUUGGGAUGCUGAAGAGGGGGAGAUAGCGAGGAGGGAGAAGCUGGGGGAGUUGCAUGUUUGCUGCGGAAGUACAAUCCCAGAGUAUCUGGACGGGGUUUCGGGGGAUUCAUUCUAUGAAGAAGGAGGGAGGAGGUGGUUUAACACGGGCGAUGUGGGAAUGAUGGACAGCAACGGCAUUGUGUUUGUCCUCGGGCGGAAGAAGGACAUGAUCCAGUCGGCGGUCAUGCCAGCUCCGAUGGAGAGCUGUCUGGAGAAAUUCACAUCUACUCAGGUAUGUCUUACUGAUACUGAUUAUUCGCGUGCUAAUGAGCAGGCCUGUGUGGUCAAUGCCGGUGGUCCAUUUGCCGUACUCGAACGCUCCACUGGCAAGACAGAGACGGAGAUCAAAACGCACAUUGCCAGCACUCUUGGGGACGAGAAUGCGCUGCAGGGCGUGCUUUUCCUGCAGGAUCUUGGACUAGACGAGUUUCCUGUCAAUGCAACGCACAAAAUCAUCAGAUCGGAGGUGGAGGAUGCUGUAUUGGAGUACCAGCUAGCUAGUGUCUAG